AUGGAUAAUUUCAACAUGAAUUUCUCUUCGACCCUCUUAACAAAUAAAGAGGAUUUGUCGUCCUCUUGCGCCGUGUCUGCAUGUGAUGUCAUUAACCUCUCCUUCACAUCCAUCAAAUUGUUCAGUGGUCCUAUUUACGUUCUCUGGUCCAUCAGGUAUGGUAACUGGAGUAACCAUAUUCAAAACCAUAACCCAGAAGAUGGGGAGAAAAACCCAACUAAGGGAGGAGCUUCUAGGUCGUGCACGACCGUUUCAGGUCAAUCCGUUUCGACUAGUGGUAGUGUUGGCUCUCCCUCGAGCCGGAGUGAGCAAGCAAUGGCUACACCUGCUAGUGAGAACACUUUUUUAAGAUUGAACCAUCUCGAUAUUCACGGAGAUGAUGCUGGAUCUCAAGGUGCAGUUGGUAGUAAAAAGAAGAAGAGAGGUCAACGUGCGGUUGGAGGUGAUAAGAGUGGCAGAGGACUUCGCCAAUUUAGCAUGAAAGUUUGUGAAAAAGUAGAAAGCAAGGGAAGAACCACAUACAAUGAGGUAGCAGAUGAACUUGUAGCUGAAUUUGCUGAUCCUAGCAAUAGUGUAGCAUCACCAGAUCAGCAACAAUAUGACGAGAAAAACAUCCGGCGAAGGGUUUAUGAUGCCCUGAAUGUACUCAUGGCAAUGGAUAUUAUAUCUAAGGACAAAAAAGAAAUACAGUGGAAGGGACUUCCUCGUACUAGCCUGAACGAUAUUGAAGAAUUAAAGACCGAACGGCUUGGGCGGAGAAAUAGGAUUGAAAAAAAAGCUGCCUAUCUGCAAGAAUUGGAGGAACAGUUUGUAGGUCUUCAAAAUUUGAUACAACGAAAUGAGCAAUUAUACAGCGCAGGAAAUGCUCCCAGUGGGGGUGUGGCUUUACCUUUUAUUCUGGUGCAGACACGUCCUCAUGCAACUGUUGAGGUAGAAAUAUCAGAAGAUAUGCAGCUUGUGCAUUUUGAUUUUAAUAGCACUCCAUUUGAGCUCCAUGAUGACAAUUAUGUUUUGAAGGCGAUGAAAUUCUGUGACAGACCACAGAGUGAUGAAAUGGCACACAAUUUUUCUGCAGAUGGUGAAGGUUCUAGCAUGUCUGCAAUGUACCAACAACAGAUCCCACCUCCCCCAAGGACAAAUACGUCGGGUAGGCCUCCAACGUCACCGCCUCUUCCGGGAAUAUUGAAAGCACGUGUCAAGCAUGAACAUUGAUAGUUGAGUUUCAUGCUCAGCGCCAUGGGUAAUAGUCUCUACUUGUACAUUGUGUAAAGUAAUUUGCCAGAAGUGUGGCCUGUAGGAUCAUCCCCACCCCAUAAUAUUUUACCCAACAUUAAAGCCUGAUUAGUUGAUUUGCUUGAAGGCUUUUCAAGGGGUCUCGGUUCUGGCACGUCCUUAGCUUUUACAUCUUCAUAAAUUUGCCUCCUGUAAUUGUUUUCAUCCUAUUUUCUCAUGUUAUUUUGCCCCCACUGUAGUAGAAAUUAGCUUUUAUUUAUAUUAGACUAGAGAUUGUUCGCUGCAUACAGAAUCAUAGAGUGAACUGGUUGUUAAAAUCGUGGUUCCUGUUAGUUUUUGUGAAA